AAUUAUGCAUAUUGAAAGAUGGAGAUAUAUAAACCUGUAUAAAUUUUUUAUAUGAAGUUAACAUAUUUUUGACAAACAAAAAAAAUCUCGCACUUUGAAAAGACGCCUGUGAAAAUCUAGAGCAAUCUAGUAUUACUUGAAGCUCUAGAUUUCAUUUGGAGAUAUGUGAAGUUAUCUCUCUAUACGCAAUACAAAAGAAUGAAAAGAUAGUUAGAAUAGAUCGUAUGAGUAGAGGGAUCGUAACAAAUCUAAAUAGGUAAUUAUCUCAAAUAUAUAUAAAUAUCUUCUAACAAACGGGUUCCAAAAAUUUAUGUAGUUCCCUAUACAGAGAAGACGUUUAAUUAACCGGUGUAGAAGACAAUAAAACGCUGGGAUUUAUUGUUUUCAAGAUUUGUCUCUUCAUUUCUUAAGACUCCGAACCCUUUUCCUUUUGUAUCUCCACUUCCUAUAUAAGCUGCUAUUCUUGCUAUUCUCUCAGUAACCUAACCCUAAAUCUUGUACUCCUCUACUCUCCUUGCCGUGGAUCAAACAUUCAAGAUUAGGUACGUGGAUUUUUCAUCUCUUGCCAGAUUCAUUGAAGAAUCCUAGGAUCUACGUGGUGAUUCGUUUGUGUUUGGGCUCUCACGUUUUUUUUAAUUGUUUCUGUUCCAAUUUUGUUUUCCCCCGCGUUCUUAUUUACUGUAGUUUGCUUUACAGUCAGGCUAGAUCCUCUUUUCUUUUGUUAUUCAAGUUAUUUUUGUUUUUGUAGACAAAUGGAUGACAAAAAGCCUACGAGUUUCACUUUUGAGAUAGAUAACUUAUCAGAGAAGAAAGGUCUUAUAUCAUCACCAAAAUUUUUAAGCGGCAACGACGAAUGGUAAAGGAAACUAUUAUUAUAUGUUUUGGUUCUUAAUUGGUCUACUAUUAUUUAUACGUCGGUGUCUCUGUCUUGACUCUUGAUUGUACGUCAUCUUUUAGUCCCUCAAAGAUUCUCUUGUAGAUCGUAUGUUUCGUUGUUCCUAUUUCUCUAGGGUUCAACUGAUUAAGUUCUGAUUGUGAUUAGUUUCUGGUUAGGUAUUAGUUUCUCUUGUAUUUCAUCUAGUCUCCCUUGUCUUAAGUUAAGCUCGAUGUUAUUAAUAAGUUGUACAGCUAAAAAAAAAAGUUAAUUAAAAUAUAUUUGUUUUUUUUUUUCAGGUUUGUUAACGUUUAUCCCAACGGAUAUCAUAUUGAUGAACGAUUGUCUCUGCACCUCCAGGUUGCAAACCCUGAAUCAUUGCCACUUGGAUGGAAAAAGCAAGCUAGCUAUUCCUUUGCUCUACUGAAUCAAUCAGGCGAAGAGCUAUACAGAACACCUGGUAAUUAACUUAUCAGACCUAAUCUGUAUAUCUCUACAUGCAUAUAUACUUGAUUUUCAUGGGAACUAUCUGUUUCACGUUUUACAGAAUCAUGUAAAUUGUUCCGCCCUCAGUUCACAGGAUGGGGUAGCCCAAAGGCCUUCACUCUUCAAAAGCUUAAAGAUAUGGGUUAUUUGGAGAACAAGCUGAUUUUAAAGGUCGACGUAAAAGUGAUUGAAGCUGUUGAUGAAGGAGCUGUAACUGGAAAUGACAUGUUAGAUGUCCGUGGUUUCAAAGUCCUUUAUUCUCAGGUAUGGUUACCUUUUUUUUUUCUUUUAUAUUCUCAUUUGUAAGAUUGGAUCCUCUACAGUUAGCAAAAAAAAAAAAAGAUUGGAUCCUCUAAACAUGAUUAAAUCUUUCCCCAGUUGCCUUUGGUGAAUAAGCUUUUCAGAAAACACCCGGACAUUGCAGUGAAUUUCAAACUAAAGAAUCAAUCGGUGAAGACAACAUACAUGAAUUUCCUUCUCGGUCUCAUCGAGAAACUGGACAAGCCUUCACCUAGCUUCACCGAAAUUGAGCUAAGCAACGCUCAAAGCGAGUUGAUCGAUCUAACAGAAGCGGGCUUCGAGCUAGACUGGUUGAAGAAAAAGCUUGAUGAGAUUUCUUUGGAGAAGAAAAGAGGACUUACUGAUGGUUCCCCAGUCCAAGAAAUCGAUGAACACAUCAAGAAUCUCAACCUUGAACUCGAAAAGGAGAAGGGAAAAUCGGCUACUUGCGCUGCUGAAGUUUUGUUGUUGGAGCAGACGGUGUCGGAUCUCAGGGUUGAGCUGAGCAAGGAGAAGAAAAAAUCGGCUUCUUCUGCAACUGAAGUUUUGUUGUUGGAGCAGAUGGUCUUGGAUCUUAAAGUUGAGCUGAGUAAGGAGAAGGACAAAUCUGCUACUCCUAACGAUUUGCUUGAGGGUGUUGUCUCUUGGGAAGUAUUGGAUUACGCGGAUAUCUAUACUAAUGAAAAAGGAGAAGAAUAACAAACAAUAAUUUAUUAUCUUUUUUUUCGUACUCAAAUUAAGUAAGCAGUUACAGGUUUAAUAGUAUAUUUAUUGUCGUCUCAAUCUGAAUAGCCGCUGUCGGCUUAGGAGUGCCAUAAGUAAUGAUAUGGUACAGAGUUUCUUGGACAAGAUCGAACCCACUAUAAAGAACUAUCUUCCAUACAAAUGAGUAUGUGCUUGUCGUAGAAGACAAGAUGAAGUGUUGUGGAUAAUAUCAUGCCGAUUAUAUUUUCAUAUCUAACCUAAGAUAGAAUAUAAACAACAUAAUUAAGCAUUAUAACUCCUGAGAGGAUCUCAAAUUGCACUCUAUUUUUUCUUCUAUUGUUUAUUAUAAAAUAGAAUAACUCUACUAUAAAGUAAUUUUUUCUCUAAUGGUUGUUACUCCAUAAUAGAAUAACUCUAUAACAAAGUGGAAUAUAGAAGAAUAUCAUCUUUUUACUCUAUUUUUAAAGUAAAAUUUUGACUUUCCUUUAUAUAUUACUCUAAAAUAGAAUAACUCAAUUAUAGAGUAUCACAAUUGAAACAAAAGUUAUUUUAUUUUAAAAUAAAUUAUAAAAAGAAAAAUGAGCGUCACCGGAAAUAGUCUAAUCACAUUUAGUUAUUUCUUGAUUGGCACUAGAACCGGAAUAUCGACAUAUGGAGUGAAAGUAUAUUAAUUUACUUGGGAAAUAUUUAAAGAAUGAAGGAUCAGAUCGGAUAGUACAAAUGCAUGAUUCUUAAUUCACUAACGAGACCCUGCUCGGGAAGAUGCAUUAAUAUUAAAAAUUAAUAUGUAAAUGUUAACAAUAUUUUGAUUCGCAAUAUGGAAAGUCCAUGAUUUACUUGUUUACCAAGGUUUACUUGCUUUCCAAAUUAUGUUGGGUCAAAAUCGUUCACGACGAAAUCAAUUGGUAAAAUCUUACGAGAAAAUAUGUCUUAACCAAUACGAGCCGAAAAUGUUGAAGAAACUAAGCCAAGACGAUUUGAAUAAGGAUGUAAAAACAAAACUUAAUGUCUUUCAUCCCGUACAAGGAAUGAAAGAAUUUCUAUUCAAACAUGACAAGAUUGGAGAAUCUUGCGGAAGGUUUUUCCGAGAAUGACAAAUUUUACGAAACAAUUUUCCGAAAACAAAAAUUGGAAAAUUUUCACAGAAGAAUCCCAUAAGAAAAUCUCUGAGCUAAUAUUUCGCAAAACAACUUUCAGAAAAUCUUUCCGAAAAACUUACGUAAAACAAAUGAAAUAGUUCCAAAAGUAUACAAAGCAAUCAACGGAGGAAUGAGAAUGGAAGAAAGGAAACACCGCCCUUCAUGCACUCAAUGCCUCCCAAGUCUCUCCCUCCUAAGCCCACUGUCGCCCAACUCUCUCUCUCCUUAGUCAAUGUCGCCCUUCUCCUCCUCUCAUCAAGUCUACCUCUCUCCUUGGUCAAUGUCACCCAACUCCCUUUAUCCUUCACUAAAAGAAAACAUGUGAUUUCCGACUGCGUACGUAGUUGUAACAUAUUACGACCAUUUGGCGACGGUUUUGCAGCUGUUCUACAACCAAGAUCGAUCAGUCGUAAAGUAGUUGCUAGUUGGCGACUAAAACCAUCAGUCGUAGUUCAGACGUGAAAUUAGGACUGGUCCGUGACUAUGCAGUUGUCGGAG